GCUGGUAGCGGCGGGCCCGCCGCCGGCUGGCCGCCCGCCCGGAGAGGGGGAGGCGGCCGCGGGGCUCUGCCCGCCACCCGAAGGUGUGUCCCGCCCUAGGCGCGGCUCUCUCGCAGGUACUAAUCGCCGUCCUGCCCCGGCUCCUUUCUGCAUUUGCCGCCCCGCUCCCUCUGGAGCCAGCGGGCCCCGGCCGGCAUGUACGGGGGCCAGCAGCAGCUGCAGCCCCUCACGCUGCCCCCGCACCUCCAACAGCAGCACCACUACUACCGCCGCCAGCAGCACUACAGCACGCUCCCCGCCGGCCGGCGGACCCCGUCCUGCCCGGAGCCGCUGCCCCGGCCGCUGCCCUGCUGGGAGCCGGAGCCGCUGCCCCGGCCCCUGCCCUGCCGGGAGCCGCCGCCCUGCCCGGAGCCCCCGCCGCCGCCGCCGUGCCGGGAUCCGCCGCCCUGCCCUGAGCCGCCGCGGCCCCCGCCGUGCUUCGAGCCCGCGGCCCACCACCAGCAGGAAAGCAGCGUGGCGUACGACCGGGUGCGGACCUACGGCCCCGGCUGCCGGCGGGUGAGCACGUCCUGCUCCUCCCGGGCGGCCUCGCCGCUGGAAUGCUCGCACGGCUGCCAGCAAGUCAUCUCCGGCUGCGACCCGCCGCAACAGGGCACUGUUCGAAGGAUUAUUAUCGAGAAUCCUGAUCAGGAGCCGUUAUCCCCAUUUCUUAGAGGGGGGAAUUUCUGUCCUGGAAGUAAUGUCAUCUAUGAAAAGACAAUAAGAAAAUAUGAGCUAUUAAAUCCCCACCAAGAGAAGCAGUAUCAGUUUUCGCACCAGUGUCAGAUUCCCCAGCAAGCCGAUCAGUGCCAUGUUGCCCAGCCCUUCCAGCACUCUGAGCAGUCACAAGUCACUCACCAGUGCCAACAGACACAGACCAGUAACCCUUGUGAAAUAAUUCCAGUCUCUGUGAGCGAUGACUGUGGAGGAAAUACAGUGAGGAGGGUAACAGUUCAAACCUGUGAACCGGUGAAUUGCUCUCAGGAAAAUAAUGACCAGCUGGACUGCCGCUACUUUGGUGAGCUCCUUGCUGAACUACACCGCAAGACCAACGACUUGCACAGUUGUUUACUACAGCAUGUGGAAAAGAUAGGAGGAAGGAACCAUGACAUUGAAUUUACGUCUCAGACUGAAGAUAUCGAAGAUUUAAUUCCUAAAGGACUGUCUGAGGCAACAAAGCAGCAGAUUCGUUAUCUCCUCCAGAUGAGAGUGACAUCAGAUAAAUCUUUGAGACUCGUGCUUUCCACUUUCAAAAAUUUACGUGAAGAGCUCUGCCAUUUGCAGGAUGACUUGGGGAAGUUAGAAACCGACAGUGUCUUACUUAAGAAGGAUUUGGCUUUUAAAGAUUCUCAAGUAAAAGAAUAUGAAACUAUGUUGGCUUCUCUGAGAGAGAAUAAUCGUCAGCAGCAGCAAGGACUCAGAGAGAGUACUGCAAAAUGUCGCUCUCUGGAAGAACAGCUCCUCUCUCUGCGGCUCAGUGAGGGAGAAAAGGAGUGUCAGCUAAAGGAACUGGAGUACUGCAAGCGUGCCUUGGAGCAAGAGAUCCAGAGCCUUAAACUACAGGCGUGCUCUAAUCCAACACUACAGACCACCACAGAUGAACUCUCUAGCCGUUAUGUAGAGAUGAUCAAUAACUUGAGAGAGGAUAAAGAUCGUGAGAUCCGCAGUCUUAGGUCUCAGUUAUGCCAAUUCCAGCAAGAUAUAUCAAAGAGAGAAGGAAGUAACAGUGACUUGCAAAUAAGGUUGCACGAACUGACAUCGAUGUUGGAGGAGAAAGAUGCUUUUAUUAAACAGCAGCAAGAGGACCUCUUCCGACUGAAGCAUGAGAAAUUAUCAGGCAGUCAGUCCCCUGGUGUAACAGCUAUCAUCACUAAGAAGUACAGGAAUCAGUAUCCAAUUCUGGGUCUCUUGUCUGAUGACUACAAGGUUACACCGCCUGUCAAUAAAUCAAACACUAUUGUAAUUGAGAGGACUGGAGAGAUAUGGAAACACGAAUGAAAGAAAUCUCUAAGCCAUCAGAGCUGCUCAAAGGAGUCACGACAACUAAAAUUGCUUUACUUUCUGCUAUUUUGCAUCUGAAAAAGGUUCAGUCUGAUAGUGGGAAAGGCUGGGGAACACAUUCAGGACAGGGAAGCACAAAGAUGAUGGAAAACACCGUCUCAUCCUCAUCAUAAAGAAUUCUGUUACCUGUGUCCAUAAUCUGCCACUAACAUCUGUGUACAAAUGUUUGUACUUUUUCAUGCACUUACUUUUUGCUCAGGAGAGAGUGGUAUGCCGCUCUUUUGUGGACUUCAGUUUUUCUUGACAUGACUAUUCUUCAGCCAGUCCUGAAUCAAUCUUAAGAGACAAAAGGAAGACAUCUGAAACCUUUUCCUCUUUGCACUAUUAGUUAUGUUUUUCUGUCCUGUCUACUCAUGCUGAGAAGUGAGAAUGACACACAUUCCAGUCCCAUACAUGCUGAAUGGCUGGUUCCAGUCUGUCUGAUUCAGAUUGCUGUUUUAUCUACUGCUGCCUAGUGAAGAUGAAACAAACCCCAGAAACACCCUUCAUGGGGAGCUUGAAAAAUGCGUCACUGAAAAAUGCUUACCUUGCAUCUGCCUAUGUAUGGGAAGCUAAAACACAAAGGAAAAUUACUGAACUUACUCCAGAUAGAUAUACAACUCCUCAAACUUAGCUACUGAAUUGGCAAAUACCAGUUACCUAGUUCAGUGAGGUGAUUGGGCAAAUGCUAAUUUUAAAGAAUGUUGCUGACCUCAGACUUGAUGUAUUUUCAGCUGAACUUUUAUAAGCUCCCAAACCAGCCAUAAGUAUUUACUUUGCUGUGCUUGAAAAUUUCAAGAACUUUGUAUAUUUUUAUAUAGAAAAACUUAGUAUGAAAAUAGCUUAGAGACUAAAUUUCAUUAUCAGACCAACCUUCCAUUUACAAUUAUUGCUCCUUGCAGGACCACAGAAAUUCUCUGAAAACGAUUUGGUAUUAAUAAUUAAAUAGUUGUCUAAGCAACACAGUGCAGAGAACCAUAGCGGAAAUUUUAAACUAUGCAAUCAAAAGGUGCUCGGUCUUUACCAUGGGGUUCUUGCUUUGCUUUAUUUCUGCAGACAUGUAUUUCUACUCACAAAUAAUAGGUAUCAUAGACAACAUUUACUGGUGAGAGAACGCUGUAGGCUAUGUGUAACUAUGAAAUAAACUUAAGUAUAACUUUCUGAA